CGCCCGCAACGCCGCUCGCCCGGGGCGCCGCUCUUUCUCUUUUCUCUCUUUUUCUCUGUUCGUCUGUCUCUCGCUGAUGCGGCCGCGCUGAGGCCGAUGCGGGCGCCGCCAUGCCGCGCUGCCUCAUGGCCAAGAAGUGGAAGGUGGCCCCGUCGGCGGAGCUGGCCGACGAGUCCGACGAGGAGAUCGACGUGGUCGGCGAGGGGCGCGGCCGCAGCCCCGCGCCUGCCGCCACCGCCCCAGGGCCUUCGCCCCGAGAUCCUGAGCCCACGCUCCUCUACAACGGAUACACAGAGGAGCUGCCUUCCACGCAGUUCACCGCGCAGCUCCCGAGCGAGGUGAGCAAGGCUCCCGCCGGCCCCGCCCCAGCCCCUGCGCCCGCACCGGCCCCCGCCAACGACUCUCAGCCGACGCCUCAACCUGUCUCUUAUGCACUUUUACAACUCUCCACCUCCGACUCGAAUGAAACGCCUUUUCUCCAAGUCCAACUCCAGUCUUCACCUGUCUCCCCUCCUCCGCCACCGGCGAGCGGCAAGUCCAUCUCCAUGUGUUACACGAGCACCGGUGCGAUACUCUCUCUACCGCCUAAGAAGAAGGACAUCUACCGUCCCUAUUGCCUCGGCGAUCGAGCCGCGCAUCUUAACCGCGCAGAGGAAGACCUCAAUGCGGCGCGCGCGAUACUCGACCUGAGCCAGCAUGCCGUGUACCUGACGACGCCACAACGCGCAGAGCCCGCGCCGCCUGAGCCUCCGCCGCCGCUGCCGCCACCACCUGACCCGCCAGCCCCCGAGCCACCGGCCGAGCGGCCGCGUGAGACCAUCGCCUACACCUACGACGCUUUUUUCGUCAGCGACGGUCGCUCCAAGCGACGGAAUUACGCCAACGCACCCGUAGAGAGUGCACAACAACCCGAGACAAAGUCUAAAUACACGUGUAGUGAAUGCGGUAAAAGAUACGCGACGUCCUCUAAUUUGUCCCGUCAUAAACAGACGCAUCGCAGCCUUGACUCAGUGGCGGCAAAACGUUGCGGCGAAUGCGGCAAAGCAUACGUGUCGAUGCCUGCACUCGCUAUGCAUGUGUUGACGCACCAGCUGUCGCACGUGUGUGGCGUGUGCGGCAAGCUUUUCUCGCGGCCGUGGUUGCUUCAGGGGCACCUGCGCUCCCACACCGGUGAGAAGCCGUAUGGGUGUGCGCACUGCGGCAAAGCGUUCGCCGAUCGUUCAAACUUGCGAGCGCACAUGCAAACUCACUCCGCCGACAAAAACUUUGAGUGCUCGCGCUGUCAUAAAACAUUCGCACUGAAGAGCUAUCUGAACAAGCACCAGGAGUCUGCGUGCGUGCGCGACGAGGACGCGGUCGCCGGCGAGCCGCCCGCCUCCCCGCCGGGCUAAUACGCCGCUGCGCUCUGUGCCGCCGCUAGCCGAUGCAACUAGGGACCGUAAACACCGCCGAUAGGCACACAAGUCAACAUAAAAGUAUUAUAUGAAUUUAGCUUGUUAGCAUAAUGAUAAUUAUAAAUAUACAAAUUUGAAAUAGGAGCUUGCGCGUCCGGCCUUCGCCCCGCGCGACGACCGGCCGCGCAGCGACGCAAUCGAGCAACGUUUCGCAAACAACGAAUCAUGUAAGACCCCGUAGAGUCGCGGCUGCCGCGUAGGCAUACCGCGCGCCGUAGCAUACACGUCCCGCUAAUUAACUUUUAAUGUAUAUACCUACUCGUCGAUAAAAUAUACCCUUAUAUACAUAGAAGUAUUGAAAUAUGGAGGAAACUAAUAUCUUUUGUAGGUGAUUUUUACAACCGCAAUGUAGGUUAGAGAGUAUUACGGUGUAAGUUUAGCGUCGAGAUGCGAGAGCCGAGCGCCGAGCUCGUCGGUGGAGGGGGCGCGCCUCCUCCGUCUCGGUGAGGAACUUGCCAAAACUUUCCGUCCGAAGCUCCGCGCACACAAGUGACGCCACGCGCCGCGCCGCUGCGAGCACGCACCAGCCGUGCAGCCGCCAGCCGCUAGCCGGCCCGUGGCAGUGCCUUAGCGGCGAACACGCACAGCACCCGCCGCGCCGCCACCUCUUCGUUUUUAUCCUUAAUGCGUACUUACGCCAUCAACUGUCGACCCAAUUUAUCCUUACCUCAAUAUAGUGUAACAUUUCCACAUGAACACGUUUCAUAAUACAUCACUAGGUCAAAAUGUACCACAAUAAAUGACGUGCGCAGGACUCUUAAAGCUGAUUAUAGAGCACCUACAAACGUCUACUUUGUUUAAAUAAAUGUUAUGGAGUGGCGUAAAAACAUACUUCACGUGCAUAAUUCAUCAAAAUGUGACCUUGCCUGCUCACGCCGCAAUUCACAUGGCUCACUCCAAAUGACAUUUGCGUUUCAGCCUCUAAGCAAAGACCUAGCAAUUUAUGGAUCACGAUAUUAAAAUGACUCGAGUUUCGAGGAAUGGAGGGCGGCGGGCGCGCCCUGUGACGGCGACAGGGCAGGGCUGCGCGUCAACGAGCAAGCCUUUCGAGCGUGUGUUUUAGAUGACAAGACAAACGUAACUGGCAAUAAACUAACUUAGCGUAAGGUAGCAUUAAUAGUAGUUUGUAAUAACGGUGAGCACGAGGUGCUUGGUGAGAAAUGGGUAUUCGAAAAGCAAUAAUAAAGUAGGCACAAAAUAAGUCGCGCACCGCUCUUGAAUAGAAGCAGCAGACUUAUUCUAUUCUAUUUACCCCGGUAGUGUCCCGUAGAUGUUCCUGUUCGUAGUCCACCCGAGCGUCGGCCCCGCGUCCCCGUCUGAUUAACUGUAUCUUUGUUUCACGCUAAAACAGAGUUAUGUAGAUGCUACACAUCUUCCCCACUGACAUUUUUCCAUGACGCUCACGGAGUCGUUUUAAUGGGACGGCACACGCGACUAAAGUCACAAUGUUCCGUUACCAUUGAAUCACGAAAGCGCUGGGCGUCCGAUAUGAGUGUGGCAUUGCUUAAGCGAGCCGAUAACUUUGUUAGUCACCAUUAGUGAAAAUGAUUGGGGCGAAUGCGCGGCCGAUGCCUUCUCUGCUCUAUUAGUUAGUGCCUCAAGUCAAUUUAUCGUUGGUGAGUUUCAUUUAACCCUGUCAAUUAAGAAUAUCUUUUUAAAAGAUGAAAGUUCCUGUAUUUUUAAAAUGCAUUGAAUAUGAAUUAUUUUCCUUUGGCAGCAUAUAAAAGGGUUAAAUGUCAAUGUAAAUAAAACAAAAUUUUCGGUUUAUGCCGUUUGAGACAAGAUUUUUCUUUUCGUAUGGCAUAAGCCGCCCACGGAGGCACUGAACUUUAGUCAAAGUAUUCUCGUAUCCAAUUAUUCCUACUUAUUGUAGAUGUAGUGCCACAUUUUACCUACCUUCUUAGAAAUAGGUAAUAAUAGCUCCCUCGUAUUCACAUUAAAAUCCUCUUUAUUUUUACAAAAAUAUAAUAGUCUUAAGAGUGAAGGGACGCGCGGUAUAGGCAAUAUAUCGUAAACAUAUAAGCAAUAUUACUGUAGAAAUUAUCCUUUAAUAAGAUUUUGUAGAAUUUUAAAUAUUUUGGUGCUUCGGAGUAAUAAUAUUAUAUUUACCUACCAUUUUAAAUUAAAAGUAACAUGACAUCGAAUAAACAACGGUUAAUUGUGAUAUUGUUUCCAAAUUCUGUCAUAUGUUGUCUUCGUCAUAGUUAUGUUUCUCUUUCCCGCAAUUCGCCAUCUUCAGUGUCGCGUUUUUGCUCUCGCUAUGCAGUUAUACUUUUAGCUAUAUGUCCUUCGCGUAUUACCUUCGAAGUAUUCUUUAAUCUAUCUUAAAUCGCUUUCCAAUCUUUUGUAGAAACUAUAAUGCUAAUCUAAUUGCUUAUAAUAAAUAAAAACAAGA